AUGCAUAACGCAGAGGAAUCAUCGGCCGCACGGAGGAGAGCUUUCUCCCACAAGACUCGCACAGGCUGCAUCACAUGCAAGAAAAGAAGAAAGAAAUGCGACGAACAAAAGCCCAUGUGCCAAAGAUGCACGUCAGGCGGGUUUGUCUGCGACGGCUACACAUCUGUGCCUCCCAAGAAAUGGGAAGUCUCGUGUUUGCCUAUACUGGCAGCGAAAUCAAAUCGGCUUGUUUGCCCCUCACGAGGACCCUUGCUCGUCAAUCUGCCAGGGUCGUUGUUGGUCCCAGGGGAUCCUAUGGAAGCUUACUACUAUACCCACUUCUUUACGAACACAAUCCACGAUUUGGAGAUUUCGGAAUCACUGAACAGAAUUUUCUGGAAGAAGAAGUUCCAGAGCCCUAGCCAAAACGUGUUGUGUAUAAGGCAUGCAGUCAUGGCUCUGGGCGCCGUCCAUUGGCAAUUCACAACGUGCGAUCACAAGAGACCAUCAGAUAUUGAUAACUUUACCCUGCGGCACUACAAUGAAGCCAUCUCCGAUCUGCUACACAACCGAGAUUCCACAAACGAGUCAGCGAGUAAUCUGGUCACUAUCCUUACAUGUUGCAUUCUAUUCGCUCUUCUCGAGAGCUUGCGUGGCAACUUCAGCGAGGCGAUUCGGCAUAUCAAGUCCGGGACGGAGCUUAUCGCGAACUACAAACCCAGCAUUUAUCUACCUAGUCAUGAUUUCGAGGAUCUGGCAGCCAUGUUUCAUGCCAUCAGCGGCCAAGUUGGCCUUUUCUCCGAAGACCGCAUAUUUGCAGACGUUAGGCAAUUCAUAGCCCCGAAGAAGAAGCACCCUGGCAGGCUUCGGAAUCUCGUCGAAGCCGAAGAUGUGAUGAACAGUUUCGACGAUGACAUCGCUCAUAUCUCGUGGGACUUGGACCACGAUUGGGAGGAUGAUAAUGCCGAGUGCUGUAAGCAAUGGGACACCCUGCGACAACGCCUGGAAACAUGGGACCAUCAAUUCUUGACUAUUGUGAAGAAGCUCAUGGACUCUGGUGAAUAUUCCAAACACUUCGAAAGGAUUGCCAAUCUGAAGAUACAACACAAACUCUGGGAAUUGCUACUGGAUGGACCAGAAAGCUCAGUCGACUUUAAAUGUAGCGAAUCGCCCACAGAGAGCUCCGUCGAAUUCGAAUGUAGAGAACCACCCACCGCGAUACUUGACGCUGAGGAAUGCAACCUGCUUCUCGACGACCUCGAAUGCCUAUGGAACAAUUCAAGACGACCACUUUACGGACUUAAGACCGACCUUACUAUGGCCUUGUUUCAGUUCUAUGUUUUCUGCAUUGACGACUCAGUACGGCGAAGGAUAAUAUGUAUGCUACGCUCGCGGAGAAGAAGGGAGAUUCUAUGGGAUAGUUUAGAGCUGGCAGACUUCCUCGAGAGGGACCUGGCUCGUCGCGCAUGUGGUAUCCAAAAGGACAGAUGGCCGGACAUAGGCCCGUCUCCAGAUGACAGCGCAUUGAUUGUAUUCAAGACUUAG